AUGUCUACUCCCUCGAAACGCGAUCCCAAGAUGGAUGCCGGUCUGAACGAGGCUGAUCGACUCGAGGCGCUCCUUGAAAAAGACAGCUUCAAAAUAUGGGGCUUUGUGAUCUACCGCUGCACGUACCAAGAUAAUGCCGAGUGGGAGAAAUUCAUGGCUCGCUUCCUAAGUGCAGUCCCAGAGUUCCUACAGUACUACAGUGGUCUUGAUCUCCUCGAUACAUUCACCCCAACGGUCUUCGAAGACCCCCCUCUUUCGAGGUGGGCGAAGACUGCAAGGCAAGAGGAACAGGGCGUUAGUGAAGACUAUCGUGCCCGUACAGGGCGCUAUCGGUUUUUCAUCACGGUGAACCAGGAAGCUUUGGAAUCUGUUCUGAACGCCCCCGAGGAUUUUGAUGAGGAGGUGGCGUUUGUUCGCAUGGUCCAUGCUGAAUGGGAGCCGCGGGAAUAUGACGAAGAGGAUAUUGCGAAUGGCGAUGUCGAUCCUCCUGAGGAACCGCUUGAGGGUUGCACGGAACAUGAUGUUGGUUGGAUGAAGAUGUAUUAG